GAAAGCACUUGGAAAAGGGAAGGGGGCAGUUGAGGACCAAGCAGCAGUGUGGGAAAGAGGAGGGGAGAUGGGAAAGUGGGGGCAGGCAAAGGGCAUGCAGGUACAGAAGAAGUGCUGAGAAAGAGAGGGGAUGAAAGAAGAGAGAGAAUGGGAGGGAGGGAGGGGGAGGAGAGAGAGAGAGAAUUGUAAGGAAUUGUAAGAAUGCUCUGGAAGAAACAAGAGGCUGGAGAAAGAGGGGAGCAGCAAGGAGCGGGCCUGGAGAAGGAAAAGGAAUGGUUGAUGGCGAGGAGAAGAGGAGUCCUCUUCCAAGCACAAAAUUUCAAUCUUCAGGUUUUCCUACUCAAGGAAGCACAGUUAUCUCCUAUGAAUUAUGAAGCAGUGUGUCGGUCUGAGAAAUGGAUGUUUAUAACCAUAGAAAAUAAGCAAGCAAAUGGUGCUAUAGGGAUCCUUGGGAAGAGGCCAGAGCGAAUGAAUCCUGCCACAGGAAGCUGGGAAACAAAGUCUCCUUGUACUUCCAGACUGUAAACAACUGAAAAAGAAGAAGGGGAAGAGAAAUCAAAGAUUUUUGAAAGCAGGAAACAGCUGAGCUGUGUAUAUAUAGAGAAGAGAAAGAGACAGAGAGAUAUAACUUCAUUGAAGCAAGAAAAUCCACUCACUUUCAAAGGGAAGAAACUGCCUCAAAGUACAGAGAAUUCUUCUGAUCCUCCUGCAAAUAGAAAGAAAUGAUCUUGCUAAGUUUCUGUGUGGGCCUAGCUGCAGUGCUGUUCCAACCUGCUAGUCAGGUGUCUGCAAAUAUAGCCAGCAGUUUACAGACCACCAAUGCAGAUGUACAAAAGGAGAUUGUUAACAAGCACAAUGGCCUAAGGAGAAUGGUAAACCCACCUGCUGCGAACAUGCUGAAGAUGCUGUGGAAUGAUGUUAUGGCAAAAAAUGCACAACGUUGGGCAGAUAAGUGUGUCUUAGACCAUAGUCCACAAGCAGACAGAAAAGGUGAAGUAAACUGGGGUGAAAAUCUUUACAUGUCAAGUGCACCUAACUCAUGGUCUACUGCAAUUCAGGCUUGGUAUGAUGAAGCUACAAACUUUGUUUAUGGCCAUGGAGCAAACUCCGCAAAUGCAGUCAUUGGCCAUUAUACUCAGGUGGUGUGGUAUCGAUCUAACGAACUAGGAUGUGGUUGUGCCUACUGUCCUAACGCAAAAUACAAGUACUAUUAUGUUUGCCAGUACAGCCCUGCAGGGAAUAUUCAAAGCAAGAUCCACACCCCCUAUAAAAAAGGAAAGCCAUGUGAGGACUGUCCGAACGCUUGCGACGAGGGAUUAUGCACUAACCCAUGCAGGUACUAUGACAGAUUCUCAAACUGUCCGACAUUAGCCUAUGACUGGACAUGCACGCCAGAUGUAAUCAGUUAUUGUCCAGCUGCUUGCCAUUGUGUCACAGAAAUACAAUGAGCCUCCAAAAUCAAUUGAUUAUGCAAUUCAUCUCUUUGUAUUGAACCUAUAACUUCCUCUACUAAAUUAGACUAUCAUUUAGAUAUGACUAUAAUUGGACAAAGAUUAUACUACUGCAGGACAAAACACUUUUGUGAACAAAUAGUUUACAACAGACGUAUUUUUAAAAUAUAUGUCUUUCUAUGUAAUUAUUUCAAUUUAUUUUGAAAGAUCAGCUUUACAUUUUUCCUCCUUUUUGUGAUCUGUAGACCAAAUUACUGAACUAAUAAAGUUUCUCUUUCUGAACAAAAAUAAAGUUUUAUU